CCGUGGAGAGACCGUAAGACCAAAGAACAGUCCUGCGCGCGGGAUGAAAGCGACUGGUUCUGAGCAGCGGGCCGUGUUACCUUGGAUGUGUUAUCUAAGACAUGGUAGGGAUGGAGCUCCUGUUUUGCUUGCUAGCAGUGAGCUUGCUGUGGGGAAUCACAAAUCCACUUCUAAAGAGAGCCAGUGUUGGAAUAGAGAACAUUAAGAUGUCUAAUCCAUUUCUUCAGACCCUACAUGAGGUCAAGUUCUUGGCAACACGUCUGAGCUACGUGUGUCCAUUCUUGCUCAACCAGCUGGGCAGCGUGCUUUUUGUAUACACCCUGGGCAGUGCUGACCUCUCUCUUGCUGUGCCACUCAGUAAUAGCCUCACCUUCCUGGUGACAACAGUGGCUGGCCGCUGUUUGGGUGAGGACACCACCAGCCGGGCCACCUGGAUUGGUGCUGGCCUGGUGUGUGUUGGUGUAGCCUUGUGUGUGGCUGACAAGACUCAGCACUGAAGCAUCAGUGGGAAGUGUUCUUGUGUGUAUGUUUGGGUCUUUCAAGUACUAUUAUUUAUGAACAAUAGCUCAGGAGUGAAUGGAGACUCAUAAGAAAAUAUGUAAAAUCAUUGAUUUUGUGAUUUACCAAAUGUAAUGGUUCAAGAACAAAGUAAUGGUUUCAUGUACAUAUGCAUUUGAUUUUGAUUUAUUUAGAAAAUAUUAAUUUGAUUUCAUGA